AUGGAAUCCCCAGGCCAGAUCACUGAAAAAGCUGACUCAAGGCCUAAGCAAGCGCUGUUAGGUGGGAAAACGUUUUCUGAGUGGCUAGCUGAAAAGAGACAGCCAAACCAAACUUGUGAAAAUGUUAAAACGGACAGCAAAAGGAAUAGAUCCCAUUCUGGAAAGACGUAUCGAGAAUGGCUUAAGGAUAAGAACAAGGAAAAGCAGAAUGAAGCUAUUUUACAAGAUAAUUUCGCAAUGUUAGAGUUACAGAAGAAAGCAUUAGUUGAAGAACAGCGGAGACUUAAUCCAAGGGUGAAAACGUUUGACGAAUGGUUUGAGGAGAAACGUGCCCAAAGUAUUAUCGAGCUUAUACAAUCAAAAAAUGUUCCGAAUGAGGCAUGGUUGCUGAAUUCUAAAACGAAAUUUCCUGAAGAUGCUUGCUUGGUGUAUGAUAUGUGGCUCACGUCCAAGAACAUGGAGGAAUUCAAAAGAGAAGAGAGAUUGUAUGAAGAAAUGGUUGAGAAGUGGCGAAAAAAAGAACAGGAACGUUUGCAAGUGCGAAGGAGUAUUUUAAGUAAACUUAGUCAAGCUAAGAAGGAUACCUAA